CCUGCCUCCAUCUCACUCUCAGUAAGUGCCCAGGUUAGUCGGUGGAGGUUCGGUUCUGAUUUAGUCCUUCGUUGGAGAAUCAGAAAGGCAUUAUGGUUUUAGACUACUAUUACAUCCUGCUUUCGGCUCCAUGCCGAGGCCCCAUGAUGGUCGCCAAAGCUCUUGGCAUCGAGCUAAACCUGAAGAAGGUGGACCUCCUCCAGAGAGAGCAGCUAAAGCCCGAGUUCGUCGCGAUCAACCCUCAGCACACCGUCCCGACUUUGGUUGAUGGCGAUUUUACGCUUUGGGAAAGCAAAGCCAUCAUUGGCUACCUUGUCGGCCAGUACGGCAAAGACGACAGCAUCUACCCAACCGACCCCAAGAAGCGCGCACUCGUCGACCGCUUCCUCUACUACGACAUGGGCCUUCACGAGACCUUCCGAGCCUGGGCGGUGAGUCGCGUAACGUUGUGCAAGUACUGUUUCAUUAUGCCCGGUACCGCCCGGUAUGUGUCUAAAAGAUACCUGUUCUUUGAAUAACACCUUAUUUUUCAG